CACCACCACCACCACCAGCAAGGGAGCAUCAGUGGUAGCAGCAGCGGCACCAGCAGCAACACACCGGCACCUCCUCCUGGCUCUCCUCCUGCUGGUGUGUACCGAUGCCGCAGUAGCGACUGCCUCUCUGCCCCGUAUAGAUUUUCAAUUAGUCCGCGCGGAACGUGGAAAAUAAUGUGCCGCUCCGACACCUGCUGACCAUCCCCAAAGGUCGGUCGCGUCCCCGGGUCUCGGUCGCCUAUCGCGCGUCGUUUCGUAGUUGUCGUCGCCGUCCUCGCUUACCAUCGUCGUGACCUGGUGUGGACGGACAAUUGAGGAGAGGGUGAGGGGAGAUCGAUUUCCGUCUUCCGUGUGCGUGUGCAGUGUUGAAAAAAGACAGAGAAUGGGCGAACAGUGACAAGAUCUUGGAACGAUCCACGGGUCCAUGGGAUCGUCAGAGAGAAUGCCGUUCCCGGUGAAUCGCAGGACCCCGUUGUCCAGUAUCAUCGCGAUCUCUGCGUUCAUGCUGCAUUCAGGUAUUGUAGCCCUUCGAAUGACAGCCCUCCAAAUACCGCAACACGUCGUUCUGAACGAGACGGUCCGUAUGCAGUGCAACUUCAAUUUGGAUAAAGAACUAUUGUACUCGGUGAAAUGGUAUAAAGAUGGCCACGAAUUUUAUCGUUACGUGCCGAGGGAUGUGCCAAUGGUCCAAACCUUUCGCGUUCCUGGUGUUGAUGUGAACACGCACAAUUCCACGGAAAGAUCGGUGGUUUUGAACAAUGUGAAUCUUACUAGCUCAGGGAGGUAUCGAUGCGAGGUGUCCGCCGAGGCUCCAGCCUUUCAAACCGUGUCUGACCAUGCAGACAUGACGGUAGUAGUUCUUCCUGACGAAGGGCCACGAAUAACCGGUGGCCGUUCGCGCUAUCAAGUCGGCGAGAUCGUUCGAAUGAACUGUACGUCAGCGCCCUCAAAACCGGCUGCUUUAUUAACUUGGUUCAUCAAUGGUGAUCAGGCCGAUAAUCAGUACCUGAAGGGACCACACAUUACCGCUGUGGAUGAGAAAGGGUUAGAAACCGCGGUAUUGGGCUUGGAGUUUCGCGUCGCCAACAAACACUUCAAGCGUGGCGACAUGAAGCUGAAGUGCUUGGCGACAAUAGCGACCGUCUAUCUGCAGAGCAAUGAGGAGAGCGUGGAAGGAGACGAGAGAAUCCUGAAAGCUCCCGUGAUGGAGAGCCGCGAGACCAGGGCACAGAGCCACACUCGGAACGAUUUAAUCAAUGGUAAAAUCCUCGACGAAUCCCCACUCACGAACACUUUGAUAGAAUCUCCACCAGAUAUCAAAAUUUUAAUUUGUAUUAAAAUUAAAAAAAAUGCAGAACAAAUGGAGCCUAUGACAUUAGGAUCACCUGCUGGAAGUCCUAUGCAAAGUCCUGGAAGUCCAGGAACUUCUGCAUAUCUUCCAAGUUUUCUUUUAGGUGAUACUACUACACCUGCUAAAAUUAAUUUGACAAGUCCUCAAGAUACUCCAAAACAAUUGCAUAUUGGACAUAGUGGACUUACAUCUCCAUUAUCUAAUUAUGGUACUCCAGACUAUCGUACUAAUCGCCAGAAAGCAGUAUUCAGAGGUGCUAAUACUCCUAAUACAUCACAAAUAGUCACAGAAAGUCAUUCUGGUGGACCUCCAACAGUAGAAUUAUUUGAUACUGUAGAAAGUUUAAAAACUACAUCUAAUCAAUGCAGUUUAUCAACACCAAAUCAAAGUAUAUCAUAUAAUCAACCAAGACUUUUGCAUAGUUCUAUAUUCAAUGAUAGUGGAUUAAAUCCUAAUACAUCUGAAUCACAAGGUCUUUUACAAUGGGUGACUGUUUUUGGUUUUCCUCCUAGUGAUAUGAAUAAUGUUUUGGCUCAUAUUUCGAGCAGAGUUCGUAUAGUAGAUAAGCAUCCUCCACCACAUUCACAAAGCAAUUGGAUACAUUUAAAAUGUGCUUCAGAACUAGAAGCACAAAGGGCACUUGCAUGUAAUGGAAAUAUAGUAUCUGGAUCUAUAAUGAUCGGCGUAAUUCCUUGUACAGAUGAGGGUGUUAUAUUGCGGUGCGAUAAAGAAAGAAACUGUUCGAAAAUGAAUGGAAGUAUUAAAUCUUUUUGUAAUAUAGGACGACUCAGUAAAUCACCGGAAUAUAGUACACCGCGCACGCCAAUUAGAAUACAAAGUGCAAGACCAUUGGCAGUUGGUUAUAAUCAAAAUCUUAGUUCUCAAUCAGUAAGAUCACCAGAAAAUGUUCCACAAAAAUCUACAGGUUUAGUCUCAAAAGCAAUGGAAUAUAUGUUUGGUUGGUAAUUUUCAAAUGAAAAAAAUUGUACAUGACAAAUAUUAUUUAAUAUUCCUUACAUUUUUAUAAAAAUCGAAUGCGAUAUAAACACGACCCGAGAGAGGAAUAUAUAUUCAAAAAUCCCUAAAAUGCUUGUUCGUUUUUUUUUUUUUUUUUUUUUUUUUUUUUUUA